GAAAGACUUCAAUUACAAAUCAGAGCAAUCUGGACUCUCAUAGAGUUGGAUCUAUACAAGUCAAUAUGUGAUUGGAUAAAUUAAGCGGGUGAAAACGGGUCACACAAACCAGCACUAUAAUAAAGCUACCAGUCAUGCAGCCCGACUUCUACAAACAGCGGCCGUUGCUUGCCUUGUCCGAGGCUCGCAUUCCCAGCUCUGGCAUGGCUUGCAACAAGCGGACAGAUCCAUCAGAUACGGUUAUGGAAGCAUUCGGGGUAUACACAUAGCGCCAUUGAUGUGUUUGCGAGGCUGCUUUCCAAGCCGUCUGCCGCAAUCACGUCCUAGAAACUCGUGGGCUCUGCGCGAAAGCUUCGUCCUCCGACCAGGCAAGGUGGUCCGAAUCAGAGACGUUGGAGCGUUACGAGCGUUCUCUGUCUGAGGUAGUGGCAGUAGCGGAUCGAGCCACAACCGCCGAGAAUGUCUCAGGUCGGAAGCGGGUUUUUGAAGAGUUGACCCGUUUUCUGGAGAAGAACGCUUACGGAGUCACCACUUCUGCAGCCUGGAAGGCUAGCGGAAGAUCAGCACUUGGUUUGUCUCUUUGUCUGGCCGGCGCCCUUGUGGGGCAUUCGGUGCAUUGUAACGUGCCAUUGUCAACGGAUUGAGUGGUGGGGCAAUUGCAACUGAUGGCGAGGCGGCAGCAGCCCGUCUGCAGGGACUUCCAGAAGGGAAACUGCCGCUUUGGGGCUCAGUGCAAGUUCUCCCAUGACAUUGGCCAGUCAGGAGGUGGGCGCCCUCAAAAGAAUGUCUUCGGUUCAAAUGCUUUUGCGCCGCUCGCGAGUGGAGCAAAGGCCCCUGGGACUCCAGCCAAGGCGUCAGACAAGCCGGAACACCGGUGCAACAACCCGCGGGUGUGUCAGGACCAGAUCCGGGAGGACUUCCAGACUGAGAAGCCCAAGUGGUGGACGCUGUCAGCGUAUGCGCACUGGAAAAGCCUGCCGAACGACAUCAGCGGUGACGUCAGCUUCGAGGAGCUCCGAUGGGAGGGGUACAAGGCGGCCCAGCAGGGCACUCCGCUGCAGCAAGUCGUGGCACGAGAACAGCAGCUCGUACGCACCAAAGAGUCCGAGUAUCAGCAACUUCUGCUAAACCCUUACCGCGGUCCCGGCCAAACCCAGGCCGUUACCUCUCCCCCUCCGGCUGGCACCGCUCUUCUUUUUGGCAAACCCGUUACCCCGGUUAACCAACCCACUAACCCACCGUUUGGGCAGACCGGUUAUGGUCAGCCCGCAAGCUUCGGAACUCCCCCUCCAGCGUUUGGAACCCAGGCGAAUUCUCCGUUUGCCCAACCUCAGACACAAACCCAAACCAUCUUCGGUAGCAAGGCCGCGACUCCUAGCCAAAGUGGGUUUGGUCAAACCCCGGGGGGUAACAUCUUUGGGGUUAAGCCCGCGGUUACCCCUAGCCCGUUUGGCGCUCCGAGCUCUCCGUUUGGAAGUCAAGCCUUAACCACGCCCCAAACCACCGCCCAAACCCCCUUCGGCGGGGGGACUAUUUUUGGCCGUCAGGCAACCCCAGGGAUCGCCACCCCUUCCGGGUUUGGGGGUUUUGGGCCGCAAACCCCGGCGCCAUCUCAGAGUAUAUUCGGCAGGACACCUAGCGGGGCGGCGCCAAGUCCAUUUGGAGCGCAGCCGGGGGGUCAAUUUGGCACGCAGCCGAUUCCCUCUUUUGGAAGCGGAGGAGCAAGCUCGCCGUUUGGAGCGGGGGCACAGAAUUCGUUUGGGGCUGCCAACGGGAACAUGAUGAACGUACAUGAAAUGGGGGCUUCUCCAGCCGUUAGCACCGCUGCCCCGCCUCCAAGCGAACCCGGGGGAGAUCCGCACCGGGACGUGUGGUUAGCGGAAAAGUUCGAACUGGGGAAGAUACCGGAAGAAGAACCGCCAAUAUAUGCUCGGUGACAAAGCUGCUCCGUAGAAAGAAAAAAACCGCAGAAAGAUACCGCAUCAAAGAACGGACCGUUGCUUGAGGUUGACUUCUUCAGGAUAAAUUGAAUCUUACGAUUUCUUGCAAGACAUUGGGGUGCCACGUUUCUUUCCGGGUUCCCCAACGGUGGUUCCAGUCAACCGUAGUGCAUGACUUUGCUUCUCAGGAUGAAGCAAACACUGAUCAUUGAGUCUUCUCAAGAACUGAGCGCUUGUGGGGCAAUCAACAUACGGGUGUAGGGAGUUGCGCCGUCAAUCAGUAAGAGAAGCCUGAGCUACGCGCGCAUAGCAAGCGCAACGAAGAACACAUGGACGCUCGGCUCCUUGAGAUUAUAAGAGCCGUUGUCCGGUGUGCUAGGCCGACUGAAUUGUCAUUUGCCCAGAGCUAGUGUGUUUAAAGUGGUCAAUGAAGCGACGUACAGCCGAGUUAGCUCAGUAGUGGUGUUCCUGGGCAGGUCCGAUCUUAUUCAUUCUACCUUCGAGAAGAGCAUCGUCGCAAGUAUGUUCGUUCAUCGAGUUUGGCAUGUCAUAAACGCACACGAAGUUAUUUCUACAAAAACGAAGUGACCAUCUCUAAGCUAGCG